AUGGAGGAGGGUCGCAAGCCUCUUGAAGAGAGACUGAAAUUAGAAGUUGACAAUGCUAUGGCUCGCGCUCGGGCCGGGAGUCCAACUGGAAGUAAUCGAUCUCGAGUAGAUGAUCUAGAGAGUAGGAAUUUUUCUCUUGAGGAAGAGGUUAAAGAUCUAAAGAUUCAACUGAGCAGCAAGCAGAAUGAAAUAUCCAAACUAACCGAGUUAUUGGGCAAAAGAACUGCUGAGCUUGAAAAGAUCAAAUCUGGAUACGAGGACAAGAUGAAGAAAACGAGAACAAUCUUCAACGCUGCAAACAAGAAUUUGACGGAGCUUAGACAGACAGUCACAGUUAAAGAUGCCGAAAUCGUUGAACUUAAAGAAACAAUAGAAUCGUUAAAACAGAAGAACCAGGAAUCUAAUACAACAGUCAAUGAAAUUGAAAAGUCGGUUGAUCAAUUGACCAUGGAGUUACAUAAUCAAGUUGCAAUGUAUACCACUCAAGUCGAACAAAUGGAAUCGAAACUUCGUCAAACGACCCAGCAACUCAAUCAGACAAAGGAAGAAUUUCAGCAAUAUAAACAGCGAGCACAUGCACUGUUACAAGAAAAAAAUUCAGAUACUAAUACAACGAUAAGCGCUAUAACCGAUGCAAAGACAUCUGAUUUACAAACACAAGUUAAGAAACUGCAGGGAGAAUUUAGGCUAGUAUUAAAGAGAGAUGUUGUCAUUUGGGUUAGGGAAAAAGGAUCGGCUAUUCACAAAUUAGUAGAACUCAGACAAACACAAGAAAAAUUAAAACUUGCCGAGAAAGAACUCUUACGCGUAUCCGAGCAGAACGUCCGUUUGGAACAGGAGUUGCAAAGAUCGCAGCGAUCGGCUAGGCAAAACGCGGAAUUGGUGGUAGAAACUCAAGGAUUAUUGAAAAGUGCUUCGGAAGAAAAGGAACAUGUUAGGGAAGAAUUGAGGAAGGCUGGGCAGAAGCAUGAGGAAAGCAUACGAGAAUUUGAAGAGAGGCUUGAAAAGACAACAGGUCAAGUUCAGGCAAGUUGUAUAAAGAAACAAGAAGAGAACGAAGACUUGCAACAGAUGAAUAAGCGCCUGGACGAAGAACUCUCCACCCUUCGCGCACAGCUUGCCGAGCGCACCGAACAGUUGAACGAAGCUCAAAAACAAUUAUUGUCACGAAAACCACGAUCAAUUAGUCCAUUGGUGAGGGAAGAAAGACAUACAACGCCAAGGACUGAGAGUCAACCAGCUUCACCUUCGAUCACGAAUAAACGAGCUAGUGCGUCGUAUUCUUCGCUUUCGGACCUUCUUUCAGAUACAGAACCAAAAUCGGUCUCUUCUCAAGAGCGUGACAAAGAACAAGCAUUAAAGAUCCAACACCUUGCUGAACUUUUGAACGAUAGUGAAGCCACGGUGAAACGACUCGAAGAGCAAGAGAAAGUGUUAAAAGAAGAGAUUAGGAGAAUGGAUCGGAUGGAAAAGAGACAAGACAUGAGUGUUGAGUAUUUGAAGAAUGUUGUCUUGAAGUUUCUGGAGAGCAGUGCUGGAGAACGGGAGUAUCUGGUUCCGGUAAUAACUACAAUUCUUCAAUUAAGUCCUGAAGAAGCCAAGAGCCUUAAAGAGAACGCUGUUGAUAGUGGUCCUGGGAGUCCGGUUAUGUUGGGAUAUGGUGUUUUAUGA